AUGGAGAAGUACGUGAAGGUUCGCAAGAUCGGUCAGGGAAGCUUCGGGUGUGCGUACCUGGCCACGCGUAAGACAGCAGAUGAACAGCUCAAGAAGCAGCAGUUUGUCAUCAAGGAAGUGGUUCUAGACCCGCGCGAUCAGGCCAACGCCCAACGCGAAGCUCGACUGCUAGCAGCUUUAGAUCACCCGAACAUCAUUGCGUGCAAGGAGAGCUUCCUGCUGAAACCAACCACACUUAACGCUCCCUUUUUGGGGCGACACCAGCAACGCCCAACGGUGCUCUGUAUUGUGACGGAGUUUGCGGAUGGUGGAGACUUGAGUCACGAGUUAGCGCGACGUACCAGUCGUCGUAGCUACUUCGAGCCUGAUGAACUUCUCGGUCUCUUCGUGCAGGUGUGUCUAGCGCUCAAGCAUCUCCACGACCGGAAGAUCCUGCACCGCGACAUAAAGCCCGCCAACAUUUUCCUCACCAAGUCUGGAGUCGUGAAGGUCGGAGAUCUCGGCGUCGCCACAGUGUUAAGCCACACACUGGCUUGCGCACAGACCUCAAUUGGUACGCCGUACUACACGGCGCCUGAAAUUUGCCUCGGUAAGCGCUACAACGCCAAGGCGGACAUCUGGAGCCUCGGUUGUGUGUUGUUCGAGAUGGCCUCCUUCUUGCACGCGUUUGAGGGGCGAAGUCAGCGUCAAUUGUUUGAUAACAUCGUGCGAGGCGUGACUCCGCAGCUCCCAUCAUGUGGAAGUUUAAACACUAUCAAGAGAGAACUUCAGACUUUGGUGGACAAUAUGCUACGGAAGGAACCACGUGCACGCCCCAGCGUGAACCAACUUAUCCGACGGCCAUUGGUUCUGGCACGAAUCCAGAGCUUCCUGUCGGCUCGAGCGCUGGCCUCCGAGUUGAAUCACACAGUGCUCCAUGGAGAAAACGUCUUCCGUAAGAAAAUCCCAAUGGAAGACAAGGUUCUGAUCGCUCCGUUGGACGUACGCCGUGCGGAGCCUGUUGUUCGGAGUCCGGCAAUUAACGCGGUCAUUAAGCCAUCGCCUCGUCAACAGAGGAAAGCUCCGUCUUUUCCCGUGAAGGCGAGAGUGGCGUCUCUGCUCGGUGCAAGUCGCAAGGCUCGAGGGCUUCCAAGUGGCGCAUUGAGAAAAAGUCGUCCGAUUCAACAGAGGGUUCAACCCGAUCGAGUUCCUGCCAGAAUUUCGGCCGUGAGCAGGUUGAGCGCUCCAAAGCAGCAACGUGCAGUGUCGUCGAGAGUGAAAGGGGCGGCGGCAGCACAGGUCAAGGCGAAGUUGAAAGCGAAGGAGAAGGUUGUUGUUGCUGCUGCUGCUGCUGCUGCUGCUGUCGCGGCACUCCCAGACCCUCCGGCAAAGACGGAUGAGGCAAAAGGCAAAUCCCCCAGUGGAAUUGCAGAACGCGUCGCUGCUUUCAACACAAAGUGGGCAGCCCAACGAGAAGAAUUGGUGAAAAACCUCCCACCUCCGCCUCCGUCCUCAAUCGCUCGGAAUGUUGCAGUCUCCAAAAACCCACAGCCGGCUGCGCGAGCGUACCCGAAGCCCGUAGUUCUUGGUGUUCAGGGGAAGACACCGAACUCUAGUAAGCGAGCUCCACCGCCUGCCCCAAUUGGCAUUCGUCGUCAACAGACAAAGCCGAAAACUCCAUCAUCUACGCCUAAGACGCGAGGCUCCGCAGUUCGUGCCAGUCAACCCUCGCUACGCGAGCAUCGACUCGAAUUCCAGCGUAAGAAGCAAGCUGAGGUAUCCAGCGCGAACGGGAAACCAAAGGCGUCUCCACUUGACGACCCGAUCAUCUUGGUCCAGCAACUACCAGACUUCAAAACGCCACCAUCACCUCCAGUGGAGCCGGUUGCGGAGCUACCUCCUCCAGCACCGACGACUGUGUCUUCUUCAAGCGAUUUGGCUCAAGAUGAGACCGAGCAAGACGAUCACGAACUCACGGCGUUGCCGGCGAUGGCGAAUCUCGAGUUUGAGCGCAUGGUGCUGCAGCUGAAAAGUGCCGUUGAGUCGGAUAUGACCACCAGCGACGACGAAAAUGACGACGAAGAUGAACAAUCCGGGGAUCCAGACGCACCUCCUCCGCCUUACUCCACAAUUCCAGCGCCUCUUUCCUCGAUGGAAACGCUGAGCAUCUCGGUACUGGAAGACCCAGCGUUCCGGUUGGCACUCCAGAAGCGGCUUCAACUCCAGUCGAACGCUGCUGAAGUGGAGUCGGCGGAUGAAGUGGUUGUGGACCCAGGCCAGGAAGCUGCACUCAACUGGAUGCACACCUACGUUGUUUCGCUCUUGUAG